AUGGCACAAGGGAGGAUGAAGAUGGGUAUGGUUUUGGUGAUCAUGAGCAUGCUGUGUGCAGGUGCUGCUGCACUAUCAUCAACCUGCUCAAGUGUGUUGAUGAGCCUGUCACCGUGCCUCAAUUACAUCGACGGCAACUCUUCCACCCCUUCUUCAUCGUGCUGCCUUCAGUUUGCCAGUGUUGUGAGCUCACAGCCACGGUGCCUGUGUGAAGUUCUUAACGGAGGAGCAGCUUCAUUGGGAGUCCCAAUCAACCAAACCAAAGCUCUGACCUUGCCUACUGCUUGCAAUGUCAGAACCCCACCCAUCUCUCGGUGCAAUGCUGCUUCGCCAGCGGAAUCUCCGAAUUCAAAUGCACCAGGAGCUGGAUCCAUAACCAUGCCCCCAGGAAACAUGCCCGCCGCAAAGGGGUCUCCCGCAAGCGUGCCCCCCUCAGAUAAUGAUAAUGGUUCUUCCGGUGCAAAUUCCGUCAAGUUUUCUGUUCCUCUGCUGUUUCUGGUUCUGGCAUCAACAUGUGUUCCAACAUUUGCGACACUGAUUCGUUAA